AUGGCUUGGAAUUUUAAUGUGAAGACAACAACAAUUGCAAAUUGUUUUCGGCAUUGCAAGAUUCGGUCAGAAAAAAACAAUGUUCCCGAACCAGAAGUUGGUGAAUUAGAUGAAGGUAUUCAAGGAUUAAAUGAUGUCAUCUCUAAUUUACACUAUAGAAAUGUGAUGGAUGUUGAACAUCUUUUGAACUAUCCUAGCGAGAAUGAUGCAGUUAUGGAAUCACCUACAGACGAAGAGAUUAUUCGAUCGGUAAUGAACAAUAAUGAUGAUGAGAAUGAUCCUGAACCAGAUGAUAGUAGCGUUGUCCCAAUAGUCACCUUAAGCAACUACUUGCUACAAUACGAGCAAAAUAUUUCGGAAGUUGUGUAUGCUCUACAAAAAGUUAAGGAUGUAGUUCAUUUUGGUUUAGGUGUGAAGAAAAAACAAUCAACUAUAGAUGCAUAUUUUCAAAAGGAAUGA